AUGCCGUCGAUCAGCCACAAACCCAUCACAGCCAAGCUGGUGGCUGCCCCGGAUGCCACCAAGCUCGAGCUCUCGUCCUACCUGUACCAGCAGCUCUUUUCCGACAAGCCAGCCGAGCCAUAUGUUGCGUUCGAAGCUCCUGGAAUCAAGUGGGCUCUGUAUCCUGCUUCUGAGGACCGAUCUCUGCCGCAGUACACUUGCAAGGCCGACAUUCGCCACGUGGCAGGCAGUCUCAAAAAGUUCAUGCCCGUGGUGCUCAAACGGGUCAACCCUGUCACGAUUGAGCAUGCCAUCGUGACCGUGCCUGCCAGCCAGUACGAAACGCUUAACACACCCGAACAAGUGCUCAAGGCUCUCGAGCCGCAACUCGACAAGGACCGACCGGUAAUCCGACAGGGCGACGUGCUGCUCAACGGAUGCAGAGUGCGUCUGUGCGAGCCUGUAAACCAGGGCAAGGUGGUCAAGGGAACCACCAAGCUGACGGUCGCCAAAGAGCAGGAAACCAUCCAACCGGCCGACGAAGCUGCCGACGUGGCCUUUGACAUUGCAGAGUUUCUCGACUUUGACACAUCUGUUGCCAAGACCCGUGAAUCCACAAACCUCCAAGUGGCACCUCUUGAAGGAGCCAUCCCUACUCCUCUCUCGGACCGGUUUGACGACUGCGAAAGCCGAGGCUUCGUCAAGUCUGAAACCAUGUCGAAACUCGGAGUCUUUUCCGGCGACAUUGUGUCCAUCAAGACCAAAAACGGAGCCGAACGGGUGCUCCGACUGUUUGCAUACCCCGAACCAAACACAGUCAAGUACGACGUGGUCUACGUCUCGCCCAUUUUGUACCACAACAUUGGCGACAAGGAGAUUGAGGUGACUCCCAACGGUGAGACACAUAAGUCUGUAGGAGAGGCGCUGGAUUCCGUGCUUGAAGCUGCUGAGGAAGUCAAGCUGGCAAGAGUGCUUGGUCCUACUACCACAGACAGAACCUUCCAAACAGCCUACCACGCAGGUCUGCAGGCCUACUUUAAGCCCGUAAAGAGAGCCGUUCGAGUAGGUGAUCUGAUCCCCAUUCCCUUUGACUCUAUUCUCGCUCGAACUAUUGGCGAAGAUCCUGAAAUGAGCCACAUUCCUCUGGAAGCUCUGGCAGUCAAGCCCGACUCCGUGGCGUGGUUUCAGGUCACUUCUCUCAACGGAAGUGAAGACCCUGCCUCCAAACAGUACCUUGUGGACUCCUCUCAGACAAAGUUGAUCGAGGGAGGAACUACUUCUUCUGCUGUAAUCCCCACCAGUGUUCCAUGGCGCGAAUAUCUCGGUCUGGAUACCUUGCCCAAGUUUGGAUCCGAGUUUGCAUACGCCGACAAGAUCCGCAACCUGGUUCAGAUCUCGACCUCGGCUCUCUCGCACGCCAAACUCAACACCUCGGUACUUUUGCAUUCCGCCAAGCGAGGCGUCGGAAAGUCAACUGUUCUUCGUUCCGUGGCUGCCCAGUGCGGAAUUUCUGUGUUCGAAAUCUCGUGUUUUGGACUUAUUGGAGACAAUGAGGCCCAGACACUGGGAACUCUGCGAGCCAAGCUAGACCGGGCCUAUGGCUGCUCUCCUUGCGUGGUCGUUCUGCAGCAUCUCGAGUCGAUUGCAAAGAAGAGCGACCAGGACGGAAAGGAUGAGGGAAUAGUUUCAAAGCUUGUGGACGUUCUUGCGGACUACUCCGGACACGGAGUGCUGCUGGCAGCUACGUCUAACGAUCCCGACAAGAUUUCCGAGGCCAUUCGAUCUCGAUUUCAGUUUGAAAUUGAGAUCGGAGUGCCCUCUGAGCCCCAAAGACGUCAGAUCUUUUCUCAUCUGACGAAAUCCGGUCCUGGGGGCGAUUCAAUCAGAAAUGCACCCAUUUCUCUGCGUUCUGAUGUCUCUGUUGAGAACCUUGCGCUCCAAUCUGCCGGUCUGACCCCUCCUGAUCUCACAGCCAUUGUCCAGACUACCCGUCUGAGAGCCAUUGAUCGACUUAACAAGCUCACCAAGGACUCCGAUACCACUCUAGACGAUCUCCUGACCCUUUCGCAUGGUACUCUCCAGCUGACUCCCUCCGACUUUGAUGACGCUAUUGCUGAUGCUCGACAAAAGUACUCCGACUCCAUUGGAGCUCCCCGAAUCCCCAAUGUCGGAUGGGACGAUGUUGGAGGCAUGGAGGGUGUCAAGAAGGAUAUUCUGGACACUAUCGAGACUCCUCUAAAGUACCCCCACUGGUUCUCUGACGGUGUAAAGAAGCGAUCGGGUAUUCUGUUUUACGGUCCUCCCGGUACUGGUAAGACUCUUCUCGCGAAAGCCAUUGCCACGACUUUCUCGCUCAACUUCUUCUCCGUCAAGGGUCCCGAGCUGCUCAACAUGUACAUUGGUGAAUCCGAGGCCAACGUGCGACGAGUAUUCCAAAAGGCCCGAGAUGCCAAGCCCUGUGUUGUCUUCUUUGACGAGUUGGAUUCCGUGGCGCCUCAGAGAGGCAACCAGGGAGACUCUGGAGGAGUCAUGGACCGAAUUGUGUCGCAGCUGCUAGCUGAGCUCGAUGGAAUGUCUACUGCGGGAGGAGAGGGUGUUUUCGUUGUGGGAGCUACUAACCGUCCUGAUCUGUUGGACGAGGCUCUUCUGCGACCUGGACGAUUCGAUAAGAUGCUGUACUUGGGUAUCUCUGAUACCCACGAGAAGCAGCAGACUAUUAUGGAGGCUCUUACUCGAAAGUUCCGACUUGCUGCCGAUGUGUCUCUUGAGGCCAUCUCCAAACGAUGUCCGUUUACUUUCACCGGCGCCGAUUUCUACGCUCUGUGUUCAGAUGCCAUGCUAAAUGCCAUGACUCGAACUGCCAACGAGGUUGAUGCCAAGAUCAAGCUGCUCAACAAGAACAGGGAGGAGGCCGGAGAGGAGCCCGUCUCCAUCAGAUGGUGGUUUGACCACGAGGCUACCAAGAGUGACAUUGAGGUUGAGGUUGCUCAGCAGGAUUUUGAGAAGGCCAAGGACGAGCUGAGUCCAUCUGUUUCGGCGGAGGAGCUGCAACACUAUCUCAAGCUGAGACAGCAAUUUGAGGGAGGCAAGAAAUGA